GAAAAACCCUCACUUUCUCUAAAACCAACUCUCAAAAGCCUCCACUUUAAACCAAUCUUUCCAGAGAAUCCGAGAGAAAGCGAAAGCAAAAGGAUAUGAACUCAAAAACCGAAAGGCUGGUGAGGAGGACGACCAUGGUGGCCACUGUCACUGCUGCCUAUUUCCUCUUGACUGCUGAUUACGGCUCCGAGCCCAACGCUCUCGACCCUAUUAAGAAAGCUAUACAGUCUGCAGAAGGUUCUGUGAAAGACUUCAUUUUCGGAUCAAAGAGUCCACCUCAGGAAAGCAAAAUCGAGAAGCUGGGCGCUGCUGAUGCAAAGGACCGUCCUUAGUUUAAUAGGCAGCUGAUUAUGAAUAGAAAGAUCGUCGGUCUGAGAAUGAUGUUACAGUUGUGUUAAGUUUCUGUGGGGUGAUAUUUGGACCUUGUGUACCUUUUGCAGAAAGAUAGUUUCAUGCUUGGUUUUAUGUAUGAUAUUCUCCUUGCUGCUGAUAUAGAACUCAACUCAGUGCGGAUAUGAUUAUGAUGUUCACUA